UGUGGGUAGCGGCCAUCAUGAAAGAAUCUGAAAACAGAACGAGGGUGUGAGAGAGAAUUGGAGAAGAAAAAAAAAGUUAAGCGGAAGGAACAGUGCAGCCGGGAAAGAUAUUGACACGAGUUGCCUGGAGUGGAAAGUGAUCCAUUUGAUGGCAUUGCCAUACUUUACUUUGAACACAAAAGGACUGAACAGACUCGAUUGAUUAUCGUUCUGAGGCACAAUGGAAGAAAGUUCACAUUACAUCACAAUGUGCACUCAUUGAUCAUUUGGGCUGUGGUUUACAGAACUGAUGAUGCUUUAGGAACCCACUGUAACGUAACACAUCUCAGAAUGUGUUAACUUGGUUUGCAAAAAGUUUUUAGAAAAGUUCUGCUGAAGAAUGAAUAUUGAAGACAAGCUUGAUCGGAUUUUUCUUAAAUGUGGCAGUAUAAAUGAAAUGCAGUCUUCCAGACCGCUGGUUGUGGUGGGAGGAGUCCCGGAUCAGUCCUCUGUACAUAUAGGAGCACAGGAAACCGUAUUAGAAGAAAGGGAAAUCUCUCAUGAAGAAAUUCUCCAACAAGAAACUGCUUUGCAGGAAAGUGCGCUCCCACAGGAGGAGCUUAUUUCACAUGAUGAACUAAUGAUCCAUGAGGAAACAGUUAAAAAUGAUGAUGAUGAGAAUGAUGGACAUGAAAGACUCCCUCAAGAGUUAUCGUAUGAAUUAAAUGUAAAUGUGAAACAGGAAAUCCAAUAUGCUGAUGAAGCUGGACAACUGAAGAAAGAUAAAGGGCAACAAAAGGAACCAAUAGAUUUGCAAAAGAAGAAGAAACGGAAGCAACGUUCUCCAUCUAAGAUUCUAACGAUAAAUGAAGAUGGAUCACUUGGGCUAAAAUGCCUGAAAUCUCAUAUCUGUGAGCACUGUAAUGCUGCCUUUCGUACCAAUUACCACUUACAAAGACAUGUUUUCAUCCAUACAGGUGAAAAGCCGUAUCAGUGCAGCCAGUGUAGCAUGCGGUUCAUUCAAAAAUAUUUAUUGCAGAGACAUGAGAAAAUUCAUACUGGUGAAAAACCAUUUCAAUGUGAUGAAUGUGACAUGAGGUUCAUACAGAAAUAUCAUAUGGAGAGGCACAAGCGCACUCACAGUGGAGAGAAACCAUAUCAGUGUGAAUACUGCCACCAGUAUUUCUCCAGAACUGAUCGUGUAUUAAAACAUAAACGCAUGUGCCAUGAAAACAGAGAUAAAAAACUGAAGUGUGCAUUGAAGAUGGGUGAAUUGGGAGGAGAGGUGGAAGAUCCAAGCAUUUCCUUGCAACAUAAAGAUAAUCCAAUACCACGGAAAAAGAAGCAAAAAGCAGGAGAAAAAUCCAGGUCUUCUGUUCCUCUUGCUGAUAAAGAGUGCGCGGUAGAAAAAUUAGACCAGAAAAAAGAUGAAACUGAGAAUGAUUACUCGUCACUGUAUAGCGUUGCUUCAAAAGUGAAGGAUGAAUAUAUGGUGACUGAAUACUCUGUUGAAAUACCACAUUCAUCUAACAGUGGUGACCCUUUAGAAAGUACAGUUGGAGAUAUCCAUCCGCCAAAAUUGGUCAUCAAGAAAGUUAGCAGUAAAAGAAGUCAGAAACUAGAGUUGGAACCAAGUCAGGCUAUGUCAGCAUUAUCCACAUAUGAAGAAAAUAAAGUUACUAAAUAUACAUAUGAACUUAUUGAUAAACCAGGUCUUCUGGAUUCUGAGGGAAACCAUGACAUUGAUCAGGUAGAUUCCUUACAGGAGGUUCCUAGUAAACCUGUGCAUAACAGUAACAAUUAUGACGAUGCAAUGCAGUUUCUAAAGAAGAAGCGCUAUUUGCAAGCAGCAAGUAAUAAUAGUCGAGAAUAUGCCCUGAAUGUAGGCCAGAUAGCAUCACAGCCAUCUGUGACCCAGGCUGCUGUGGCUAGUGUCAUUGAUGAAAGUACAGCAGCAUCUAUGUUGGACUCUCAAUCAUUGACUGUUGAAAUAAAGAACAGUCAUGACAAAAGUGGAAUUCCUGAUGAGGUGCUGCAGACUCUUUUAGACCAUUACUCUCAUAAAGCAAAUGGACAGCAUGAAAUGGCUUUUAGUGUGGCUGAUACAGAAGUGGCAUCAAGCAUGUCAAUAAACACUUCAGAUGUUGCUGAGGUUGCCCAGACCGAGAGAGCUAGUGCAAGUUCUCAAUCAACAUCUUCAGACAAAGCCAGUAUGCUCCAUGAAUAUUCAAAAUUUCUCCAGCAAGCUUUGGAAAGAACAAGUCAGAAUGAUGCAUAUUUACCCAAUCAGACCCUUACUUUUGGAACUGACAGUCCUUCCCUUGCAAGUCAACCAUUGUUUUCUUCCAUGACUUCAAUGACAAUGCAACGUGGCUUUAGAUCAAGCAUGAAUUCACCAUUGCGAACAACAUCUGAAAAGUCUCACUAUGGUUUAAUGGUUGGAGAGUCCCAACACUCCUUUUCUUUUUCAAGCGAGGAGACAAAUCAUAGUUCUGUCUCAGCACAAGAAUUCUUGGAUCAGAUGACAUCUCAAAAGAAGGUAGAAGCUCAGCCUGUCCAUCAGGCCUAUCAAAUAGGCACAUUUGAGCAGACAUUCAGAGCUCAGUACCAGAAUGUAAGGGCUGGUGUGCCUCCUCCAUACAGUGCUGCCAAUGGACAAGUAAACUUAAGAGUACGUGGGGGUAGUGCAGAGUUUUCAGAAUUUCCCUUAGUGAGUGUGCCAGAAGGAAGAGCUCAAAUGACUGCUUCACCAGAUGCUGCAGCUAGUCAGGCCUUUGGAUAGUAGGAAGCUGUAAUCUUUGUAAUGUAAUUGAGGCUAGCACUUCAAAAUGACGGUUCUUGUAUUAUGUGCUGCUCUGUAUAGGAUGGAGUGCUGUAUAAUCAGUAGUCAAUGCAGUUUUGAUUCAGUUUAAACAUUUAUGCAGAAGCAUCAUAAACUAGGCCUUUCAUAUGCCAAAACACCAUUGCACUCCAGUGUGACACUGUUUAAAAACAUAUUUUCUUUGUAUACCUCAGCCAUGCAUGACAUGUCCAAGGUUAUUGUCUUGUGGCAGGGGUAACUGUUGUUUAACACUGAUGCUGUUGCUUUGCCUCACCUUUUGGCAUGCCCCAAGUAUUUUGGCACUUUCUAAAGGAAAAAAAAUCCGUCACUUCCAUUUGAAGGAUGUAACCAAACAAAUCUGUUGGUUUAUUUGGAUUUUCUUUAAAUUUAUGCACUUUUCACCUCUGAUUUACUAAGUUCAUAAACAAAAACUAAACAUUUUGUUUGUUUAUAUGUAGAAGAAUAUUUUAGAGUAAUUGGAACAUAAUUUUGAUCUAACUUGCAUCUUCUUUUCCUGUGAGGAAGCCCACAGAAUUGAUGAGUGGGAGCAAAAUGGUAUUCCACAGUUAUCCACUGAACAUUAUAUUUAUACCAUGAAUUUAAAAAAGAAAUUUUAUUUAUUUUAGAAUGAACAUGUGGGAAUUUAAGUCAGUGAGGACUGGUUUAAGCACAAAGGGUGCUUUAAAACUUAUCUAGAUAUGAGAUGCCGAUUUCAACUCUUCAAGAUGUUGGGCUGCCUUAUUAAAAAGAUAUAGUUUAUAUCCCUAUUUUUGUAUGCUUAGUGUAUAAAACCAUUUUAUGUUCCCUUGUAGAAAAUAUACCUGUUAAUUUAUAUUGCAAUAUCUCUCCAUUAUCUGUAAAAUACUCUGUCUGCACAGCAAUGUUUCAGAAUUAUAUCAUAAAACUUAUCUGUCAUCC